GCCACGCUGGCCUCCCCAGCCCCCGCCCUGCCCCCGGACCCAGAGCCAGAGCCAGAGCCCGGCCCGGCCAGCCGAGAGGAGGAGCAGUAUGUGAGCCUGCCUGAGCCACCCACCCCACCACCACCAUGCAGGGACGCUGAGACCCUCACUGAUGUGUGUAACACUGCUGACCUACCAGAAGUUGAGAUCAUCAGUCUGUUGGAGGAGCAGCUGCCGGUGUAUCGGUUACGUGCCGACACCGUCUUCGGUUACGACCAUGACGACUGGCUACACACACCGCUACUGUCACCAGACGCACGCAUCGACCUGACCACAGAACAGAUCGAGGAGACGCUCAAAUACUUCUUGCUAUGUGCAGACAGAGUGGGCCAGAUGACGAAGACCUACAAUGACAUCGAUGCUGUCACACGUCUGCUGGAGGAGAAAGAGAGGGACCUGGAGUUGGCUGCCCGGAUCGGCCAAUCACUGCUCAAGAAGAACAGAACGCUCACAGAGCACAAUGACUACCUGGAGGUACAAGUGGGACACAUCACAGAGGAGGUGGCCCAGCUGCAUCAUGAGUUGAACCUGAAGGAUGAGUUGCUGCAGUUCUACACCAAUGCAUCAGAGGAGAGUGAAGAGGACUCUACUACUGGCUCACCUACGAGUAAGCGGAGUAAGCUGCUGGGUGUGUCAGGAUUUGGAGCUGACUCUAUGCAGAGGAAACUCAGAGAGCUGGAGGAAGAGAACCUAUCCCUCCGCUCAGAGGCCUGUAAUCUGAAGACUGAGACUGAGACCUACGAAGAGAAGGAACAACAGCUGGUCAACGACUGUGUUAAAGAACUCAGACAGUCCAGUCUGCAGAUAAACACCAUAGCGGAGGAGUUGGCUCGGAAGACAGAGGACGCCAUGCGACAGCAGGAGGAGAUCACACACCUGCUCUCUCAAAUAGUUGACCUACAGAAGAAAGCCAAGUCGUUCGCAGUGGAGAAUGAGGAGCUCUCUCAGCACCUAGGGGCAGCUAAAGAUGCCCAGAGACAACUCACAGUCGAGCUAACAGAUUUGGAUGAUAAAUAUUCAGAGUGUAUAGAGAUGCUCCAUGAGGCUCAGGAAGAGCUGAAGUACUUGAGGAACAGAAACCAUCCUGCUGGAACACCACGCAGAUUCCAUCCUCUGGGUCUCUACCCUAUGGACUCCCUGGCAGCAGAGAUAGAGGGGACGAUGAGGAAGGAGAUGAGUCUGGAUGACCCUGAGUGCGAGGAACAGAAGGUGCACCACAAGCGUGUGUUUGAGACAGUGAAGAACAUCAACCAGAUGGUCCGGCAGCGUUCUCCAAUCCCGUCCAACGCCAACAUCCCGGGAUCCAAUCAGGCGUCGUCUCUUAGCUCCGCUCACUCAAGUGGCAGGACCACACCCAUGACUGGUAGCAUUAGCUGGGAUGUCAGAGGUGACGGUGUCACCCUUGACAACCGACAACAGAGCAUGCUCAUGGAGUCAGCAGCAGACAAUCAGGACAGUGUGGACGCCCGUGCUAAGAAAGCAGCCGGUGUUGAGGACCUGAGGCUGGCGUUACGCCGCCUGUCCCUGCGCCGCCAGAACAACCUGAGCGAGAGACGCUUCUUUGAGGAGGAGAGAGGGAGGAGGAGAGGUGGAGGAGGAGUUGCGCAGGAUGGGGGGCAGGGGGGUGGGAUGACACCCUCAGAUAGCAUCAUGUCUCUGGGGUCAUUACACCUGUGGGCCUCCCGACCAUACCUCCCCGACAAACUACAGAUCGUUAAACCCCUGGAAGGCUCUGCGACCCUUCACCACUGGCAGCAGUUGGCUCAGCCCCACUUAGGAGUGAUCCUGGAUGCUAGACCUGGGGUUGUACCUAAAGGCUUCAGGCCUCUGGAACUAGAGCUGGAACAGGUGUAUCCAUGGGGUGGUUUCGAGGAGGAUGAACCAGGAGAGCAGUACUUCCAGAGUCUCCCCACCUCCUCAGCCUCUGCCUCCCCCGCCCUCCCCCCUCAGCCUCACCCUCCUUACCCCUCUACUCCCCCCAGCCACCUCGCCUCACCCUCAGCCCCCUCUCCCUCCCCUCACCUAAGCAACACUGAUCCUGCAGCGGUGUACUACCCAGGUAAAUGCAUGGCCCAUACCAGCUCUACCUACACCUUUACUACCUGUCGUAUCCUACACCCAACUGAUGAGCUGACCCGCGUCACACCCAGUGUUAACCCCGGCAUGUCCUCGUCAUCCUGUGUGAUGACAUCAUCUAUCCUGGCCACUCCCGCUGCCACGCCCUGUCAUACACCCCGCAGGAUGAGUCUACUACGACCCUCUGAGUCCUCUACCAACCUCAGGGAAGCCACACGUACCACCAGUACCUCUCUGGGAUUAGUGCGCCUUCUGCAGGAGAGAGGCAUCUCUGCAGCCAUGUACCACCACCAGACCCAGGGCUGGGACAGGGCUGGCGGGCCCGGGGUGGGGAGCGGAGGGGUGCUGUUCAGUACCUCUAUCACCCCUAACCUCCACCCAGCCCCCCACCACGACUCCCUCCGCCCCUCCACUCCCCCCAACUCCCCCACAGGACACGACCCCCCAUCCUCGGGGACCUACACCCCCGCGGGCUUCGACUUCAAGUCUCCUUCCUAUGACAACUUCCUGGCCUCCAAGCCGGCACGGUCCAUUCUGAAGGAAGUAGCGGGGGGGAUGGGGAGCAGCCGGAGCAGGAGGCAGCAGAGGGGGAGAGAUUGUGAGAGCCAGACAGAUGUUAGUGUCACAGUUCAUAACCUCAACCUGGUGGACAAGGUGAGGCGCCUGGGUGUGGCUGGGUGUCCUCCAGGACCAGGGGGUGUAACCGGGGGACCAAGCCCCCUCCUGGGGCCUCUGGGUGGGCUACGGAGGCCCGGGUCGCCCUUUGGACCAGAGGGGAUGAGGAGGAACAGGAGUUAUCCAGCUAUGGUAGGGGCCAGUAUGGCGAUGAAGGGCCCGGGGCCCCAGGAGGACUCAGAACUACUCCUGCCUCCUAACAAAAUGCCUAAAGAGAAGAGCCUCAAGUAGAGGCUGGGACCUCUGGCCUCUAACCGCUGACCCCUAAUAUUAACCCUAACCAACUAGUUUCCUCAGGAGACUGAACUUGUUACUUACCUGUUAGACCUCUGGUACUAUAGCUAGUUUUUCAAAAUCCUACAAACUAUUGGUACUCCUGGUCUAGCUAUUGACAAAUGACAACCAGUCACCUUUCUCAGCUACUGACAAUGAAUUAGUCUUCUAGUUCUAUCCGAUGCUUAUCCUUCCAGCUCCAAAACCAAAUGGCUACCCUGCUGUCUGCUACUAUUUAACCAGCUACCAAACUAGUACUAACAAUGAACAAUGAUCUUCCAUAAUAGCUAAAACUUUUCCUCUUUAGCCCUUGAACACAGCUAUUUCUCCCUGAUGUAGUCAAUGAAAUUGAACCAAUGUGGAAUAGACAUUGAAUUGAUGUCUGCGCCCAGAGGGGGUAAGCUCCUCACACACUUUUCCUCUCUAGCCCUUGAACACAGCUAUUUCUCCCUGAUGUAGUCAAUGAAAUGACAUUGAACCAAUGUGGAAUAGACAUUGAAUUGAUGUCUCUGCCCAGAGGGGGGGUAAGCUCCUCACAUGUAGACUAAGCAUAAUGUAUGUAGUUCAAAUCUAAUUGUCACGUUUUUUUUAACCUUUAUUUAACCAGGCAAGUCAGUUAAGAACAAAUUCUUAUUUUCAAUGACGGUCUAGGAACAGUGGGUUAACUGCGUGUUCAGGGGCAGAACGACAGAUUUGUACCUUGUCAGCUCGGGGAUUUGAACUUGCAACCUUCCGGUUACUAGUCCAACGCUCUAACCACUAGGCUACGCUGCCGUCCUCUGUAAACAACAGGUGUAGACUAACAGUGAAAGUCUUACUAAAGGGCCCUUCCCAACAAUGCAGAGAGAAAACAAGUCAUAAUAACAUAAGGAAUAAAUGCACAAUGAGUAACGAUAACUUGGCUACAUACACGGGGUAGCAGUACGGAGUGGAUGUGCAGGGGUACGAGGUAACUGAGAUAGAUAUGUACAUAUAGGUAGGGAUAAAGUGACUAGGAAACUAAAUAAUAAAUAGUAGCAGCAGCGUAUGUGACGAGUCAAAAGAGUUCAUGCAAAAGGGUCAAUGCAGAUAGUCUGGGCAGCUAUUGGUUAACUAUUUAACUACCUAUUCACCAGUCUUAUGGCUUGGGGGUAGAAUCUGUUCAGGAUCCUGUUGGUUUCAGACUUGGUGUAUUGGUACCCCUUACCAUGCGCUAGCAGAGACAACAGUCUAUGACUUGGGUAGCUGGAGUCUUUGACAAUUUGCUGAGUAAGUUAGAUCAAACUUACACGUCAUGUGAUUGUCAUGUCAGCUGGACUUGGAGCUUCUUCAUCACCAUGUAUUUAGAUUACUAGUAUCAUGUAGCACCGCUAACUAUAGUCUAAACCUUUCUUCCUAGGUAAUAAUGGAUUGUGAGAUAAUGUUGAAUAUGUAACCAUUCUAAUGGUAAAGAUUUUCCACCAAAUUCAUGAAAUAGAUUAUCAACUUUUUUGCUCAAAUCUUUCUCCUUCUUUCUUUUUCUCUUCCACUCUCUCUUUCUCUCUCCCUGUUCUCAAUGAGAAGAACAAGUCAUAGUUCACUUUUAAGAGUCUUGUUAAUGUUUUGUCUGUGUGUUAAAGUUGAAUUAGUGUUAUUUUUCUAAAUGACUAUAGACAAAGGGAAAUGGAUAGUGGUUUCAGAGUGGUCAGUGAGUGAGGGAAUUAUGAAAAGAUCAAUAUACCCACUGCUGGAAUGGAGACAGGGAAGGAGGAACAGGGGGAAGGGAUAGAGGUUAAACAGUCUUUGUGGUCAGAAGCGUUUCCUGCUUCUUACUUCAGAGAACUUUCAAUUGCUUAAAUUAAUAAAAAACAGCAUUAGUGCCUCAAUAUGGUUUCUACAUCACUAUGCUCAUACUGGUUGUUUAUGUUCUUAUUCUAACAAAAACGUUGUCCACUGAGUUACACUCCUUAUCUCUUACAUUGAUAUGUAUAAUUAUGUCAUUUAUUGACUAAACAGUCUUUUGAUUGAAUAUGCAAAACUAUUAUUAUUCACAAGAUUUAACACAUAAAACACAUGUGCGUUAUAUACGGCAUAUAACACUAUAUUCAUUCAUUGUUAUUAGUACUGGAAAACUCAUUUACAACAAUCACGGUGAAGUAGAGUGGUGGUGUUCAAUACUAAACAAAAAUAUAAAUGCGACAUGUAAAGUGUUGGUUUCAUGAGCUGAAAUAAAAUAUACCAGAAAUGGUCCACAA